CCGUCGGCGCCUCUUAAAGGGGAAGCCGCCCUUUCGGGGCGACGUUUGCCCGCCAAAAAGUUCUCCGAGGCUCCUCCCCUUUAAGGGGUUCAAAAUGGAAGCAGCCUCUCUGAGGAAAGUUUUGGCCCGCAAGGCCCGGGCCGGAAGUGAGGCCUGCGUACGGGGAGACUUCCGGCGGGCGGCGUCGCUCUUCGGCGAGGCCUUGGAGGCGGACCCGGACAACUGUGCGUUGCUUAGCAACCGCUCGGCGGCGCAUCUGCGCAUGCGCGACUAUGCAGGCGCGCUCGCCGAUGCCCAGCGCGCCUGCGCCAUCAACCCCAAGUGGGCCAAGGCCUACUUCCGCCAGGGGGUGGCGCUGCAGUACCUGGGGCGUCACGGGGACGCGCUGGCGGCCUUUGCCUCGGGUCUGGCCCAGGACCCCAAGAGCCUCCAGCUCCUCCUCGGCAUCACCGAGGCCGCCCUCAAGUCCCCCCUCCGAGAGUCCCUGGAGCCGACCUAUGCGCAGCUGCAGCGGAUGGGCCUGGACAAGAGCGCCUUCGUGGUGGUCUCGGUGAUCGGCCAGGAGCUGCUGACCUCGGGGCAGGCGGGGGCGUCCGUGGUGGUCCUCGAGGCCGCCCUCCAGGUCGGGACCGCCUCCCUCCGCCUCCGCGGGUCCGUCCUCUCCGCCCUGGCCGCCGCCCACUGGGCCCUCGGCCAAUCCGAGCGCAGCCAGCACUACAUGCUCCAGGACCUGCACACCGCCAAGGCCCUCGGUGACCAGAUGGGCGAGUGCCGUGCCUAUGGCAACUUAGGCUCCGCCUCCUUCUCCAAAGGCAAUUACCGCGAGGCCCUGACGAACCACCGGCAGCAAUUAAUGCUGGCCAUGAAGCUCAAGGACCGGGAGAGCGCCUCGUCGGCCCUGACCAGCCUGGGCCACGUGUACACGUCCAUCGGGGACUUCCCCAACGCGCUCUCCAGCCACAAGCAGUGCGUCCUGCUGGCCCGCCAGGGACCCCCCUCCCCGGCCGGGCGCCUGACCGAGGCCCGCGAGCUGGGCAACAUGGGCGCCGUCUACAUCGCCAUGGGGGACUUCCAGGAGGCCGUCCGCUGCCACGAGGAGCACCUCCGCCUGGCCAAGGAGCUCGCCGACCCCAAGGAGGAAGCCCGUGCGUACAGCAACCUGGGGAGCGCGUACCACUUCCGGCGCCAGUUUGACCGGGCGAUGUCGUUCCACAACCGAGUCCUGGAGCUGGCCACGCAGUCCGGGGACAAGGCCAUGGAGAUGCGCGCCUUUGCCGGCCUCGGCCACGCCGCCCGCGGGCUCCACCACCUUGACCGCGCCCUCGACUUCCACCAGAAGCAGGCCCAGGCCGCUGAGGAACUUCACGACCGCGCCGCCCAAGGAAGGGCCACCUCCAACCUGGGCAUCCUGCACCAGCUGCAGGGGGACUUCCAGGGGGCGCUGCGCUUGCACCAGGCGCACUUGGCCAUCGCGCAGGAGCUCUCGGACUACGCGGCGCAGGGCCGGGCCUUCGGCAACAUGGGCAAUGCCUACAGCGCCCUCGGCCGGUUCGAGGAGGCGCUGCGCUUCCACCGCCAGGAGCUCCAGAUCUCCCUCGAGGUGGCCGACCGCCCCUCCCAGGCCGCCACCCACGGCAACAUGGCCGUCGCCUACCAGGCCCUGGGCGCCUUCGACCGCGCCCUCCAGCACUACCGCCACCACCUCACCAUCGCCCGCGAGAUGCGCGACGCCCACAGCGAGUCCCGCGCGUUGGCAAAUCUCGGAAACUUUUAUUGCUCGCGGAACGAAUUCUCGGAGGCCGUGCCGUAUUACGAGUCGUACUUACGUUUGGCGCCCGACCUGCAGGACCUGGAGGGCGAGGGGAAGAUCUGCCACAACCUCGCCUACGCGCACUACGCGCUCGGGAAUUACGCCGACGCCGUGAAAUAUUACGAGAUGGAUCUCGGGUUGGCGAAGGAUCUGGACGACUCGUUGAGCCAAGCGAAGGCGUAUUGUAAUUUGGGUCUGGCGUACAAGGCGUUGCGCAACGACAACAAGGCGGAGGAGUGCCAGAAGCACUUCCUGUCGCUCUCGCUCGGCAACGCGACCGCCAAAUUCCGCGCGCUGGGCAACCUCGGCGACAUCGCCAUGGACAGAAAGGACUAUCAUUCCGCCAUCAAGCUCUACGAGGAGCAGCUCGACGUCGCGAUCCAAGAUGGCCGCCGCUGCCUCGAGGCCGCCGCCUACGCCGCGCUGGGGUCGGCGUACCGCGCGUUGAAGGAGUACGACAAGGCCAUGGGCUACUUCACCCGGGAACUGGAGGCGUAUCAGGAAGCGUCAGACGCGGCCGGGGAGUGUCGCGCGGAGGCGCAUCUCGCCUCUGUUUACGUGGCGCUCGGGAAGUACAACAUGGCGUUCAAGUGCUAUGAGGCGCAGCUGGAGCUGGCGCGCGGGCUGCAGGACCCGGAAGCGGAGUCCCGCGCGUACGGCAACAUGGGCAUCGCCCGGAUGAACGCAGGGGCGCACGAGGAGGCGGUGGGGUUCUUCGAGAGGCAGCUGGCGGCCCUGCAGCAGAGCGCCGGAGCCCAGGCCACGCUGGACCGGGGCCGGGCGCACGGGCACCUCGGGGACUGCUACAUGGCCCUCGGGGACUUCGAGGAGGCCGCCCGGAACUACGAGAAGCACCUCUCCGCCGGGCAGGCCCUGCAGCGCAACGACGAGCAGGAGAAGGCCUACCGCGGGCUGGGCGCCGCACACAGGUCCCUGGGGAGCCUGUCUCAGUCGCUGGUGUGCCUGGAGAAGCGGCUGGUGUGCGCCUUCGAGGGGGGCUCCGGCGGGGGGCCGGGGUCCCGGGCGGAGGCCUUUGGGGACCUGGGCCGGGCGCACGGGCUGCUGGGCAACCUGGAGGCGGCCUCCUCGUGCCUGGAGCGGGCGGCGGGGCUGUGGCGGGAGCGGGGGGACCGGGCGGCGGCGGGGGAGGCCUCGCGGGCGCUGGGGGCGCUGGCCCGGCGGCGGGGGGACGCGCGGGGGGCGCUGGCGCUGUGCGGGGCGGGUCUGGCGGCGGCGGAGGAGGCGGGGGACGCGGGGGCGGCGGGGCGGGCGUACGCGGAGCUGGGCCUGGCCCACGAGGCCCUGGGGGACCUGCCCCGCGCCCUCCAGGCCCACGAGCAGAGGCUCAGCCUGGCCGCCCAGACCGGGGACCUCCCCGCCAAGGCCGACGCCUACGCCGCCCUCGGACGCGCCCACCACGCCCUCCGCAACCACGCCCAGGCCGUCAUGUACCUCCAGGAAGGCCUUCGCCUGGCGGAGCAGCUGUGCCUGCGGGAGGACGAGGCCCGGAUCCGGCACGGCCUGGGCCUCUCCCUCUGGGCCAGCGGGAACCUCGAGGAGGCCCAGCACCAGCUGUACGGGGCGUGCGGGCUCUUUGAGGGCAUCCGGCGGGGCUCCUCCGGCCUGAGCAGCGACUUCCGGGACUCCCUCUUCGGCCUCCAGGCCUCCUCCUACCGCGCCCUCCAACGCGUCCUCGUCGCCCGAGGCCUGACGGCGGAGGCGCUGGGGGUGGCGGAGCGCGGCCGGACGCGGGCCUUUGCGGACCUCCUCCUGGAGCGCCAGGGGGCGGGGCCUCAGGAGGAAGGGGCGGGGCCAGCGGCGGAAGGGGCGGGGCCUCCGGAGGCCGCGGCCACGGAGGGCGUCCUGGAGGCGGUCAGCGGCCAGAGGGGGCUCGUCCUCUACUUCUCCCUGGCCGGAGGGACACUCUACUCCUGGCUCAUCGCCCCCGGAGAAGGGAUCCUGAAGUUCAACGCCUGCUUCCUGGAGGAGGAAGGGGAGGAGCUUCCGGAAGGCCGCGCCCCUUCCUCCUCCACGUUGGAGCAGCUCAUCGCCGGCGCCCGGAAGGAACUCGGAGUGGACGCCAGACCGUCCUUCGCGCAGCGGUCAGUCGAUACAGAGAGCGAGUCGGAAAUGGGCAGCCGACCUUCCACCCCGAUGGCGACCUCCGACCCCAAUGACUUCCUCCAGAUGGUCAGCCGGAACAACCUCCUCAACAGGAAUGGCCAGAGCCUGAGCAGCCUUUGCAGCAGCAGCAGCAGCAACAGCAGCAGCCCCGUCUGUCCGUCAAAGGAAGGGGCGGGAACUUCCUCUCUGCCCCGCAGGAACCCGUCUGGCCCCAAGGUCCCGCCCCUCCGCGCUCUCUAUGAUCUCCUCAUCGCCCCCAUGGAAGGGGGCCUGAUGCCGUCUUGCGGUCAGUUCCAGCGACACUUGACCCUUGUCCUGGAGGGCGACCUCUUCCUGGUGCCCUUUGCCCUCCUGAAAGGAAGUGCUUCCAACGAGUUCCUCUACGAGCGCUUCACCCUCAUCGCCGUCCCCUCCAUCCACGCCCUUACCAACAACAACAAGAAGGCGACCCCACCGCCGUGCUCCCCAUCGUCUGCGCUGGUGGUGGCCAAUCCGUCCCUCCCGCCGUCCGUGCGGUCGCAGUGGCUGUGGGGCCCAAUGCCGGCGGCCGAGUCGGAGGCGCUGACCGUGGCCGAGACCCUGGGCUGCCCGGCGCUGACCGGCGCGGCCGCCACGAAGGAGCGCGUCACGGCCGCCAUGCCCGCCGCCGAGUGCCUCCACUUUGCGACUCACGUAUCUUGGAAACUCUCCGCCGUUGUCCUGGCCCCGGAGGGCGGGGAGGGCGCCGAGGGCGAGGUCCCGACGCACGACUUCCUGCUGACGGCGGCCGACGUCCUGGCGCUGAGGCUGCGGGCCAAGCUGGUGGUGCUGGGCUGCUGGCCGGAGUCGCCCGCCGGACAACUGACCGCCGACGGGCUGGUCGCCCUCAGCCGGGCCUUCCUGGCCGCCGGGGCCCAGUGCGUCCUCGUCCAGCUCUGGCCCGUCCCCGCCGAGGCCUCCGCCGCCUUCGCCGCCGGAUUCUACGGGGCCCUGGCCGGGGGUGGAGUGGCCCGCGGAGGAGGAGGAGGGGGUGGAGUGGCCGUCAGCGCCGCCCUGGUCGAGGGCAUCAAGGCCGUCCAGCGGAGGCAGACCAAGGGGAGCGACCACCCGGCACAGUGGGCAGGCUUCACCCUGAUUGGGCGCGACGUGAAACUGAGCAGCCCCUCGUCCCUGAUUGGCCAGGCCUUGAGGGAGAUCCUGCAGCACCCGGACAGGGCCCGCGACGCCCUGAGGGUCCUCCUCCACCUGGUGGAGAAGUCCCUGCAGCGCAUCCAGGGGGGCCAGCAGAACGCGAUGUACACGUCCCAGAGCAGCGUGGCCAAGAAGGUGGGCGGGGUCCCCGGGUGGCAGGCCCUGCUCAGCGCGGUGGGCUUCCGCCUCAACCCCGGCGGGCCCUCCCCCACUUCCACUUCCUGCUCGGAGGGAGGGAAGAGGAAGGAAGCGGCCUCCUCCCUGCCGGCCGCCGUCUUCUUCCCCACCAAGGACCCCGGGGACCGGCUCCAGCAGUGCAGCAGCACCCUCCAGGCACUCCUGGGGCUCCCUGUGUCGGCCUUGCAGGCUCUGUGCAAACUCACCUCGGCCUCCGAAGCCGGAGAGCAGCUCAUCAGCCAGGCUGUGAGGAAUAUGGUGGGAAUGCUCCACCAGGUGCUGGUCCACUUCCAGGUCGGGGAGAAGGACCCGGAGGCCAUUUCCUCUUCCUGUACUUCCACUUCCUCUUCCACAUCCUCCUUCCAGGUCGCCAUCAGCGUCCAAUUAUGGCGACUUCCCGGUUGCCACGAGUUCCUGGCCGCCCUCGGCUUCGACUUGUGCGAAGUGGGUCAGGAAGAGGUCAUCUUGAAGACGGGCAAGCAGGCCGGGAGACGACCCUUGACCUUUGCCCUCCAGGCCCUCAUGGCCCUCUUCGACUGGGCGGAGGUCCCGAAGCGCCUGAGCCUGGACAGCUCCUCCUCCUUGGAGUCUUUGGCCUCCUCCUCGGCCCCGCCCCCUCUGCCCUUGGCCCCGCCCCUCUGUCCGAGCGGUCAUCUCGGCCCCUCCUCGGACGCCCUGUCCCUCUACAGCCUCAGCUCCGUCGCUUCGUCUGCCCGGAGGGCCAAAGACGAGGACGAAGACGAGGACGAGGAGGAGGAGGAGGAGGAGGAGGACCACUACGGCGGCUUCUCCAUCGUGUCCAGCGAGGCCGUGACCUUCUCCCCCGGCCCCAACUCCCCCUUCCAGGCGGUCAAGAAGGCCCUCGAAACCGGCGGGUCCGCGGAGCGGCGAUUGUCCGAAGGAAGCGCCUUCCGACGCCCGGCUUCUACUUUGACCCCCGAGAGGGGCGUCCAGGCACUGCUCAACCUCUCCCCCCGCCACGGGGCUGACCGCUUGACCGCCGCCUUGCCGUCCAUCCGGCCCAAUGGGCGCAACAGCCGUUUCCUGCCCCCCUCUGGGCGCCUCUUCCCGUCUCCCAAGUGCUGAACCAGCGCACGUGGACUGGGCGGCCUCUGGGAUUCCGGAACACGCCAACCGGCGUUGAGGGGUCGGGUUAUUCGGACCCUCAGGAGGGUCAAGGGGAUUAUUCGGACCCUAGUGGACGUUGCCCUCAAGAGGUCUUCACUGAAGAUCAAAGGGUCAGACAUUUGGGUCUUAUGGUCAACUGCUUAUGUGGUCGUGUUACGGGGUCUUAUGGUUAAGAAGUCAAACAAUUGGGUCUUAGGGUCAUCUCUAUGGAUUAUUCGGACCCUGGUGGACAUUACGGUCAAGAGGUCAUUUCAAUGGGUCAUCUCUAUGGAUUAAUCGGAACCUGAUGGACAUUACGGUCAAGAGGUCUUCACUGAAGAUCAAAGGGUCAGACAUUUGGGUCUUAUGGUCAACUGCUUAUGUGGUCGUGUUACGGGGUCUUAUGGUUAAGAAGUCAAACAAUUGGGUCUUAGGGUCAUCUCUAUGGAUUAUUCGGACCCUGGUGGACAUUACGGUCAAGAGGUCAUUUCAAUGGGUCAUCUCUAUGGAUUAAUCGGAACCUGAUGGACAUUACAGUCAAGAGGUCAAUCAAUGGGUCAAUGGGUCAUCUUUAUGGAUUAUUCAGACCCCAAUGGACAUUAUGGUCAAGAGGUCAUUUCAAUGGGUCAACAAUAUGGAUAGUUUGGAUGGUCAAGAGGUCAUUUCAAUGGGUUAAUGGGUCAUCUUUAUGGAUUAUUCAGACCCCGAUGGACAUUAUGGUCAAGAGGUCAUUUCAAUGGGUCAAUGGGUCAUCUUUAUGGAUUAUUCAGACCCUGAUGGACAUUAUGGUCAAGAGGUCAUUUCAAUGGGUCAACACUAUGGAUAGUUUGGAUGUUCAAGAGGUCAUUUCAAUGGGUCAAUGGGUCAUCUUUAUGGAUUAUUCAGACCCCGAUGGACAUUAUGGUCAAGAGGUCAUUUCAAUGUGUCAACAAUAUGGAUAGUUUGGAUGGUCAAGAGGUCAUUUCAAUGGGUUAAUGGGUCAUCUUUAUGGAUUAUUCAGACCCCAAUGGACAUUAUGGUCAAGAGGUCAUUUCAAUGGGUCAUCUCUAUGGAUUAAUCGGAACCUGAUGGACAUUACAGUCAAGAGGUCAAUCAAUGGGUUAAUGGGUCAUCUUUAUGGAUUAUUCAGACCCCGAUGGACAUUAUGGUCAAGAGGUCAUUUCAAUGGGUCAACAAUAUGGAUAGUUUGGAUGGUCAAGAGGUCAUUUCAAUGGGUCAUCUUUAUGGAUUAUUCAGACCCUGAUGGACAUUAUGGUCAAGAGGUCAUUUCAAUGGGUCAACACUAUGGAUAGUUUGGAUGUUCAAGAGGUCAUUUCAAUGGGUUAAUGGGUCAUCUCUAUGGAUUAUUCAGACCCCAAUGGACAUUAUGGUCAAGAGGUCAUUUCAAUGGGUCAACACUAUGGAUAGUUUGGAUGUUCAAGAGGUCAUUUCAAUGGGUUAAUGGGUCAUCUUUAUGGAUUAUUCAGACCCCGAUGGACAUUAUGGUCAAGAGGUCAUUUCAAUGGGUCAAUGGGUCAUCUUUAUGGAUUAUUCAGACCCCGAUGGACAUUAUGGUCAAGAGGUCAUUUCAAUGUGUCAACAAUAUGGAUAGUUUGGAUGGUCAAGAGGUCAUUUCAAUG